CGUGCGCAUGGAAUUAUCCUUCAAGAGCGAGAGUCCAGAGACUCUAGAAUUCUUUUAUCCUACGACCCUUAAUUUAAGAAAUAAAAACAUUGGAGACAAUGGCGUUCAACAUAGCAAGGUGUAUCGCAUCAGGGAAAAGCAGCUGCAUCUUUCCGUCUCCUAACCAGCUAUCAGUGCGCUGUUUAUCAGGGACGUCACAGUGCUCCAGUAGCAACCCUUCAGAUAAGUAUGAUAACUUGAAAGCAGUGAAGACACCAAUGCUCCCUCCUGACACCUAUAAAGGCAAGAAAGUAUUCGUGACGGGAGGAGGAACAGGACUGGGAAAGGCCAUGACAAGAAUGCUGUCUCAACUUGGAGCUGAGGUUGCCAUUGUCAGCAGAUCUCCAGAUGUUCUGAAGAGCACAUCGGAAGAGAUCUCAGCGGAGACCGGAAAUCCUGUCCAUCCGAUCCCAGCUAACAUACGAGAUCCUGAUGCUGUUAAAUCCUCUGUAGAUCAGUUUGUAGAGAUCUGCGGAGGACUUCCAGAUGUCGUCAUCAACAAUGCUGCCGCUAACUUUAUAUCUCCGUCAGAACGUCUUUCUCCCAAUGCUUGGAAGACAAUAGUUGAUGUUGUUCUGAAUGGUACAAUGUACACCACCUUGGAGAUCGGGAAGAGACUUGUUGAGCAGCAAAAAGGUGCCAAUUUCUUGACGAUCAGCACCACAUAUGCAGCCCUUGGAUCUCCCUUUGUGACUCCCAGUGCUGCUGCUAAGAGUGGACUUGAGAAUGUUACUAGAAGUUUAGCUGUGGAAUGGGGUCGCCAUGGAAUGAGAUUCAAUUGUAUAGCACCAGGAGGAAUCUACACAAAGGGAGCCUUCAGCAGACUGGACCCCACAGGUCAGUUCCAGGACAAACUCACAGAGUCCACCCCUACCGGUCGGAUGGGAGACCAAGAAGAGAUAGCCAACCUGGCUUGCUAUCUAUGCAGUGAUUAUGCAAGCUGGUUUAAUGGAGAGAUUUUCAUGUUUGAUGGUGGCCAGACGCUGCAGGCAUCAGGAAUGUUUAGUGGUUACCUCGAACUUUCCAAGGACCAAUGGGAUCUGGCAGAAUCAUUGAUCAGGGGAACCAAGGGCUCUUAAUGACAACCACCACAUGACAGUCAUGACAGCCUUAAUACUGCCAAAGGACUUUUAUCAGAUCAGUCAUCAAAGAUGACAUAUAAUUAUUAAAAAUGGUAUUUUCCUUUAUAUUAAAUUAUGAUUAGAUUCAUAAUUCCUUCCAUAAUGGUCAAAGGCUUAAAAUCUUACAGAGAAUCUAAAAGAGUGAAAUAAUUGUAUUUCUUUAUAUGCACGAUAUGAGGAUGAACAGAUGUAUGAUGACGAAAUACAAUUGAAACUUGUUAUAAAAAUUACAGUGGUACCAUAAAAAUUACCUUCUUAUAUCAGGUAUCUCAUUUCAUCAAAGCUUUUUAAAAAUGGGUAUCCAUUGUUCAAUUAACUUAAUCAUAAACCAAUCAUUAGAGGCCAUUAGUCAAAACUGGAGACCGGCAUCUGAGAGCAAGACUUUGCCUUUGUGCGGGCCUUUCCGCUUUUCCCUCAGCCAAACAUAUGUUUUCAGUGCUGAGUUGAGAGCAAAAAUAUAACUACAAUGUAGUUCUUAUUAAUUGUAUGUAAUUGUAUAAUUUGUUUUUAUUAAUUAAAAUGAAAUUGGUGCAAUGUGAUCACAAAAAGUGAUAGGGAAGGGUCAGCAAACCUCAGGGAUUUGAAAAUAGUGAACUUUGUAACUAGUGAUUUAAUUAUCCAUUAACUCGAGGAGUUGCAGAUCAAAUGAGUCAAAAGGCCAGUCUUUGAUAUACAAGCGACCUCUAAUACAGAUGGAUGUACCAAUGCUGUAUUUAAAAAAUUCUGUCUAAAAUUAUGGACCAAAGAUAUUGAAGUUGUGAGUAUACAUGUACAGUGUAUGUAAUAAAGUGCUUGGAUCAGGCAAAUGAGAAAAUCUUUCAA